AUAAAGACCGCAAAUCAAAAAAAAAAAAAAAAAAAAACUAUUUUGGUUAGGUUCAGUUGCAAGAAAAAGCAAAAGUGACAACAAAUGGCUAAUCAGUGCAGCAAAUAAAGCAGAAAAGAAAACACACACACACACACACUCACACAGACGUAAAGCGAGUGUCCUGAGCAUUAACGCCACACACACACCCACACACAGACACACAGACAGCGAUCUGUCUACCAGUUCCCACCGUCCAAAAUAAAAGACGCCCAAAUAUCUGCAACAUGUUGACCGACUCGUAUCUGAUAAAGUUUAUGCUGCGACAGCUUCAGGUGGAGCAGCAGGAUGCCCAGCAUCUGUUGAUGGUCUUUCUCAGCUUCCUCACGCUGAUCAGUCUGAUGCAAUGGCUGCUGCGCAAUUAUCGGGAGCUUCGUAAGCUGCCACCGGGUCCCUGGGGAUUCCCGGUCAUUGGCUAUCUUCUUUUCAUGGGCAACGAGAAGCACACUCGCUUCAUGGAGCUGGCCAAGCGAUACGGUUCCCUGUUCUCCACACGCCUGGGCAGCCAACUGACGGUCGUCAUGAGUGACUACAAAAUGAUACGCGAAUGCUUUCGCCGCGAGGAAUUCACUGGUCGUCCGGAUACGCCCUUUAUGCAGACUCUAAAUGGAUACGGCAUCAUCAAUAGCACCGGCAAACUGUGGAAGGAUCAGCGACGCUUUCUGCACGACAAACUGCGACAAUUUGGUAUGACCUACAUGGGCAACGGAAAGCAACAGAUGCAAAAGCGCAUUAUGACGGAGGUUCACGAAUUCAUUGGCCAUUUGCAUGCGAGUGAUGGUCAGCCAAUUGAUUUAUCACCGGUCAUCUCGUUGGCGGUUAGCAAUGUCAUCUGCAGCCUGAUGAUGUCGACACGCUUCACUAUCGAUGAUCCCAAAUUCAGACGCUUCAACUUCCUCAUCGAGGAGGGCAUGCGUCUCUUUGGCGAGAUCCACACCGUUGACUACAUACCGACGCUGCAGUGUUUCCCCAGCAUAUCGACGGCCAAGAACAAGAUUGCACAGAAUCGGGCUGAGAUGCAAAAGUUCUAUCAGGAUGUCAUCGAUGAGCACAAGCGCAGCUUUGAUCCCAACAAUAUCCGAGAUCUUGUCGACUAUUAUCUGUGUGAGAUCGAGAAGGCCAAGGCCGAGGGCACAGAUGCGGAGCUUUUCGAUGGCAAAAAUCAUGAGGAACAGCUGGUGCAGGUGAUCAUCGAUCUAUUCUCAGCGGGCAUGGAGACAAUAAAGACAACGCUGCAGUGGAUCAAUGUGUUUAUGCUGCGCAAUCCCAAGGAGAUGCGACGAGUGCAAGAUGAGCUCGAUCAGGUUGUUGGUCGCCAUCGAUUGCCCACAAUUGAGGAUCUGCAAUAUUUGCCCAUCACUGAAUCAACAAUACUCGAAUCUAUGCGACGAUCCAGCAUUGUGCCAUUGGCCACCACACACUCGCCUACAAGAGAUGUCGAACUGAAUGGCUACACAAUUCCGGCUGGCUCACAUGUUAUUCCGCUAAUCAAUAGCGUACACAUGGAUCCCAAUCUGUGGGAAAAGCCCGAGGAGUUUCGUCCCGCCCGCUUCAUCGAUACGGAGGGCAAGGUGCGCAAGCCUGAGUACUUUAUACCCUUCGGUGUGGGUCGACGCAUGUGCCUCGGCGAUGUAUUGGCGCGCAUGGAGCUCUUCUUGUUCUUCUCAUCGUUCAUGCACUGUUUCGACAUUGCGAUACCUGAGGGUCAACCCCUGCCAAGUCUCAAGGGCAAUGUUGGCGCAACCAUAACGCCCGAGUCCUUCAAGGUCUGCCUCAAGCGUCGUCCACUGGCACCCACUGCCACAGAGCCGCAGCAGGUGCGCAAUGUGGGCUCCAACUGAACUGAAUCAUCAAUAUGCCACAUAGAUUCAGAAGAGCACGGUUUUGUUCCUAGACACACAACACGUUUAUUUUUAUUAUUUUUAUAUAUUUGUAUGUACAAUGUAUCUAUGACAAAACUUAAAUUAAGUUCAACUUAAGUAAAUUUCUAAGUGGAAAGUUUUCCAAAUGACAAAUGAGAGAAGUGCUUAGCACUACACAAACAACAAAAACAACAACACCAUUACAUAUGUACACGUGAGUGUGCGUGUCUUAUAAUUGAAGAUGGUAUUAGUGCAUACACUAUGUGUGUACUGUAUCUGGGUGUAGCUGCUUUUCUUAUGCAGAACGAAUUCCAUUAUUUCAAACCCAAGAAGCUGUGUUCAGUUAAUUAUUAAUUACUUGGUAGUCUAGCUCGUAAGUCUUAUCAAUUAAAUAGCCAUUUAAUUAGCCAAGUUAGUUAUUCGUUUUAUUAUUAUAUUUGUUUUGUCUUUCUGAUAUUCAAUUAUUUUAUCUUAGCAUCAAAUUAGAUAAUUAGUUGAUGUUUUUCAUUAUAUUAUACAUCCAACAAAACGAACUGUGGUUUAGUUUUAUGAGCACAAACAGAAAAAAUAGGCAACAAAUU